CACACACACACACACACACACACUUCACAGCUGGUCUGCCUAACCCUUCCUCCAGAAGAGACUGACAGAAGCGGGGCGACCGCUCUAAGCUGUGAGCGCUCAUCUCUCCUCUCUUCUCCUCCACCGCGCGUCUUUUACUGUUGACAUAAAAACUUUGAAGAGGUGAGAGGCGAAUCGCCAAACCGCCAACAAAUCACCGUCGACAGCGCGCAUCAGUAAAGAAAAAAAAAAGGGGGGAAAGAAGAACCAUCAAGUCCGAGAAAAGCGGUGGAGCCGGGAGAAAGAGGGAGCUAUGCCAUCUCCCGCCGAGCAGAGCCCAGUCCUCCUCUGUUGCGUGUCAGAGCUGCAGCAUGGUGUCUCUCUCUGGACUCUGGACCUACUGCCUCACCCCCGGGAGACCUCAUCUCCUUUUCCUCUAUGCCAGACUGCUCCUGCUGCUUCUCUUAUUAACCGUCUUCACUUCCCCCGAGCCCUGCUUACCGCACCCCCAGCCGUGCCACAUCCUCGCCCGGAUAGGUCACACCGUACGCCUCGGUGCGCUCUUGCCGACCCGCCAGCCGGCACGGAUACAAAACGCUCUCAACCGCGCCCUGGCUAGCCUCCGGCACCAGAGCGGAGGGGCAGACUCCUCCACGACACCCUCUCAGGCACUCCCUCUGCUGCCCUACAACCUGAGCCUGGAGAUGGUGGCUCGAUCGCCCGCGGGAGGGGACCCGGAGUCGCUGUCCCGUAGCGCCUGCCAAGACCUGGUAGUCAGGGGGGUGUCAGCUAUGCUCGCCUUCCCCCGCUCCAGGGAGGAGCUGAUCCAGGUGGAGUUCCUCUCCUCUUUCCUGGAGAUCCCUUUCAUCUCCAUCCUGGAGGACACAGAACCUCUUGUGACCAAGAACCGAUUCCACCUGCAGAUGUCGGCCCGUGUGCCCCCAUCAACUCUGGGCAGCCUGCUGCUGGCGGUCCUGCAGGGGGGAGAUGGUGACAGGAACAGAGGAAGCUGGGGGGAGGGUAGCUGGGGAGGUGCAGCUGUAAUUUGCCCUGGGUGGGAAGAGGGUGGUGAUGGGUUGCUCUCUCACCUGCAGACGCACAGUGGUUCUGCCUGGCAUUUGUGGGAUAUCAUCAACCUGACUCACAUCUCAGGGGGGAGGGAUAGAAGGUUAGAGGCCAGCGAGGAGAGGAGAGAGGAUCAGAAGGAAGAAGAGGCUUUGAAGAUCCUUUCCACCCGUUUUCUGCGCUCCCCAUCUCCCCUCUCCUCUGUUCUCCUCCUGGGCUCUGACCCCGAGUGUCUCUCUUCCGUCCUGCGUGCCGCUCAACGCCUCGCUCCAACACUACCAGGGCUGCAGUGGAUCAUGGGAUACCCAUUGUCACCAGAUUCGCUACACACUUUAGGAGGUCCCCUUGGCCUGUUAGCCUAUGGCGAGGUCGGCCGCAAGCCAAUCAGCUUCUACAUCCGGGAUGCCUUGCAGUUGAUUGGCAGAGCGGUCACUGCGGCGACCAUGGUGAGGCCGGACUUGGCACUGAUCCAGAACAUGGUUAAUUGUUAUGACAAACCAAACCGACGUGAGCUGCCCUCUUCAGGACAAUAUCUGGCCAGGUUUCUCUCCAACACUUCCUUCAACGGAGCCACAGGCCUUAUUCAGGUGGAUGCUGGAUUCUCCCGAGUCCUCUCGUCCCAGCUGUUUCAUGUCUGGAGCCUAAAAAGGGGCGCUCUGGGCCAGCCAGCCUGGGUUACCGUAGGCCAGUGGUCCCGAGGCAGGCUGGAGUUAGAGGGCGGGAUCCUGGGGCUGGUGGGAGGAUUCGGGAGCAGCCAGGGGCAAGGUCUCGGAGCUGGAGUGAGGGGAGGGGAUGGCCAGGGGGAUUUUAAUGUUGGAGGACGCUGGAGGCCGGGACUUUCUGUUGAGGGACACCGCCUGAGGGUGGUGACUCUGGUGGAGCACCCGUUUGUCUUCACACGCGAGGUGGAUGAGGAUGGAUUGUGUCCAGCUGGUCAGCUCUGUCUGGACCCCAAAACCAACCGCUCCGACAUAAUCCAGGGCCUCUUCAACCAGCUGCACAACCCAAACUCAACAACUGCAGACUGGGAGGGCAGUGACCUACCAGAUGACCUGAGGAAGUGCUGCUAUGGGUAUUGCAUCGAUUUGCUGGAGAAACUGGCAGAGGAUAUGGGCUUCACCUUUGACCUCUAUAUCGUGGGAGACGGGAAGUACGGAGCAAUGAGCGGGACAGGACGCUGGACGGGGCUGGUCGGGGACCUGCUCAGUGGAACUGCUGACAUGGCUGUCACCUCUUUCUCCAUCAACUCUGCCCGGAGCAGAGUCAUCGAUUUCACCUCGCCGUUCUAUUCCACCAGCCUGGGCAUUCUGGUUCGUAGCCGGGACACUGCAGCCCCAAUUGGAGCCUUCAUGUGGCCACUCCACUGGUCCAUGUGGGUGGGGAUUUUUGUCACACUGCAUCUCACCGCACUCUUCCUCACCCUGUAUGAGUGGAAUAGCCCCUUUGGCAUGACACCUCAUGGCAGAAACAGGCUGCGUGUGUUCUCCUACUCCUCCGCCCUCAAUCUCUGCUACGCCAUACUGUUUGGACGCACUGUCGCCACCAAGACUCCUAAAUGCUGGACAGGGCGUUUCCUGAUGAACCUUUGGGCCAUCUUCUGCUUACUGGUGCUAUCCAGCUACACCGCCAACCUAGCAGCAGUCAUGGUCGGGGAGAAGACCUUCGAGCAGGUCUCAGGAAUUCAUGAUGACAAGCUGCACCAUCCCUCCCUGGGCUUUCGUUUUGGGACUGUGAGGGAAAGCAGCGCUGAAGAUUACAUGAAAAAGAGCUUUCCGGAGAUGCACGACUACAUGAGACGCUUCAACCAGCCCACCACCCCUGAUGGCGUACAUAUGUUAAAGACAGAUCCUCCUGCACUAGAUGCGUUCAUCAUGGACAAAGCCCUGUUGGACUUUGAGGUCUCUAUCGACGCAGAGUGCAAACUGCUCACUGUGGGGAAGCCAUUCGCCAUUGAAGGCUACGGUAUCGGCCUGCCCCAGGGCUCUCCUUUAACCCGUAACGUGUCGGAGUUUGUGAGUCGCUACAAGUCAGAUGGCUUCAUGGACAUGCUACAUGACAAAUGGUAUAAGGUUGUGCCUUGCGGGAAGCGAGUCUUUGCAGUCACUGAGACUCUACAGAUGGGAAUCCAGCAUUUUUCAGGUCUGUUUGUGCUGCUGUGUAUGGGGGUGGGUGGAGCCUUGCUGACCUUGGCAGGUGAACACACCUUCUAUCACCUGGUCAUCCCUCGCCUCCGGCGCACACAUACACUGCAGUACUGGCUACACACCAGCCAGAAAAUUCACAGAGCUCUCCACACCACAUACGAGGACGUAGGGAAGGAGCUGACCGGCCUCGACCAAAACCCCUCCUCUUGUAUCUCAGAGAACUGCACCCUACACAGGAAACAGCAUCAGCCUCCUCCUCCAUCUCCUCCCACAUCCCUCCCUGCUUCCUCUACAGCUGGAGACACUGUCAACUCCUCCUCACCAUCCCAUGAGCCCAAGGAGAAACGUGUGCACUUUGACCUGGAAACCCUCCACAGCUACCGCCUGCGCACACACACCGCCUCAGUGCGCGGCAGGCCCGGGAUGGUCGGCCGUCCCGGGCUCGGCCUCGGAGGGUUGGGGUUGGGCGGCUUCGGGAGUUUUACCUCUCCUACGCAGAUAAGUCUCCACGCCAACGGGGGCCCCGCCUCAACACUGGCUUCUACAGGCUUAGUGCUCUCACCUCUGGGGAGCAGGGCCGCUCAGACCAGCCUCUGGGAGGGGGAGCUCCAGGAGCUGCAGGGGAAGAUCGAGACGUUCCGUACGCAGCUGAGAGAGGCUCUGGCCAGGAGAGCUGAGAUCCAGAGCAGCCUGGAAAGAGAGAGGAGUGGAAUUGUGCGAAGGGAUACCAGUCUGGAAAGGGAAAGGGACAGACAGAGGAUACAAACUAUUAACACAGACAGAAGUAGCUCCACUCAGUCAAAACUCCCUGAGAGAGACAGGACCAGCCAACUGCAAACCCUGAAUAAUCAACAAACAGGGAGGGCUAACCAAUCAGGCGGUCCUGGGACUCUAGAGCAUGGAAGGAGCAGUCAAUUAAACACAGUUAACAGUUUGGACAGAGGGAGAGCCCACCAAUUACGCGCUGUUAAUACUCUGACAGAAGAAAGGACUGUCCAUUCACGCACCUCCACCAGUUUGGAGCGGAGUCGAGUCAACCAACCAGGUGCUGGAAACAUAAGUGUCCAGUCACGGAACACUUCUAGCCUCGACAGACAAAAGGCUAAUCUAUCACGCACUCUGAACACUUUGGAGAGGACAAAAGCCAACCAAUCAAGUGUAAGCAGCGGGACUUGAUUGUCUUUCCGAGCCCCAGACGUGUAGGUUUGCAGAGGGAGUAGUACAUUUGGUACUUGCAUAGCCGCGGGAAGAUGGCUUCAGUUAGAAUGGUUUAAGUUUGAGGGGCUCUUGCUGAAAAAUUACAGUAUAUGUUAACUCACACCAUUACUUACUGCAACCUAAUAAUUUUCACACGAAAUUGUUUCCACACUUGCUUAAAAUUACUACUAAAAACCUUUAACUACAACAUGAAAGCUGAUAAAAAUGUUUACAUCAUCCAUGAAAUCAUAAAUAAGCAAUGUCAUUUUGUGAAAUGAAAAGCAAAAAUGAUUUCAGUAUAACUUCACAAGAUCACAAGAUCAGCCGAAUUGGAAUGAGCCAUGGGUAAAUCUAGCCAUGCUAAAAUCACAGUGCUUAUUGUGGAGACCAGUGGUUCACAUGAGGAACCAUGAACCACAGCUGUCUGACAAACAGAAGCCCGUCAGCUACAUUAAAAGAUGGCCUUUUUCAUUGACUUAAAAAAAAAAAGCCUGCAAGCACAUACAGACAUCAGUGAUAAGAGCACAGAAAAAUCAAAGUUAGCCCAAUGUGUAAAAAAACAGCAAACAAAACUAUUUUAAAAUGCACAUGCAACACCCGAGUUAACAAAGUGCCAGAAGCAGGAGUUAAAGAUGCAAAAAAAUACAAUAUAUCUGAAGUGAUUCAAGUAAUAAUUUCCCAAAAAUGUGAAUGAUAUAGAAAAGAAGAAAACUGUGAAGAAAGAGUGUCUCAGUCCUCAACAAUCUAUUUAAUUAAUAUCCCAUGAAACUGAAAAAAAAUGCCUUUUGUGUGUUGAUACCUUGUAUCCUUUUGUAUAUUGUAUGCUGUCGUUAUUUCCCCAAUAUAAUCAUAGCAAAAUCCCGCUCUUCUCUCGGUGUCUUGCAAACUGAGCCAUCCACAGACCCUUUGAGACCUUUUCAACUGUUAUUUGAUGGGUUCCACAUACAAAAAAGGAUGCUGAGGCAGAAUUUGACAGGACUUUUAUGAAAAUUCAUGUUAGUGGAAGAAUGUUUGUUAUACUGUCUGUAGUGGAAUGGAUCCAAGCCAUGUGGACCCAAACACACACCUCCACCCCAUGUUAUGGCUGGUAUAGUUAACUUAAAAGUUAUCAUGUCACUCAAACUGGUUUUUCCCCACACAUUGUUACCUUGACUCACUGUCACCCUGAGCAAAGCAUAGAUCAACAAUAUAUGAUAAAAUAAUCAUUUUAACUUGUUUAUGUGGAGCCAUGCAUAAGUACUGGAAAUAUAGUCUCAAAGCCAUUUCAUGGGAGCUUUAAUUAUCAGAUUAGCCCAAAUUCCCAAAACACCUCUAAACAUAAGGUGGUUUAUUUCUUAUAAACAUUUGCACAUCUGCACGGCCUGUGGCUCAAGCCACUAAACAAGUGCCAUCAAUUUGAAGGGAUAUAAUAUUCAUGUUGAAAUAACCGACAACAUGAGUCUGGAUACAGUGUUGAGACCACUGACUGCAUCUUGCAUGAGGGUAAAAUUACAAGCCACUAGCACGCUGCAGAUAUGAGUGAGCUCUGAUAUGUGAGACCUCAUGUUUUCGGUUUUCAUAAUUGUAUUAACUAAAAUAGAUAUAUACUUUUACACUGCUUUCACUCAGACAAAGCAUAAUAUUUUUGCAUUCUACUAAAACAAAAUAAAGUAUGUUUCAUGCUUCAUAUGUUAAUAUUUUUAAAUAUACAGUAAUUUAUUGUAAUGAACAGAGGGGUCUCUCAGAGACUGACUGUACUGUUUAGUUAUUAAGUCAACCACCAGAGGGAAGUGUAUUCCUGCUUCCCGCGGCUAUGGACACUGAAGAGUUUGUGGAUUGCGGUUUUAUUCUGGCAAAGUCACUGAAAUAUAUAAAUUUAAGCAAUUGACUUAUCAACAGUGACAGAUGUAAGCUGCAUCUUGCCCUGUUUGUGACCUUGGGAAAUAAGGCCUUUAUGAAAUCACUCCAGCACUAUACAAUGCAAUGUCACCGAAUCCUAUUGUGGUACUCAAUCUUGUGUGAGUCUCUCAACACUUUAAAAAAGCAUGUGUUGGCAAUUUUGCUGUCCCACAGGCCUGAGAUGCAGAGAAGUGAUACCACUGAAACAGAACUUUAGGCUUUUAUGAUGGUACUGAUGUACAUUUAAACGUUUCAAACUUUACUGUGGUGUGAAGUGGUUGUGUUCACAUGCCAUGGUGUCUAUGAGGAAAAAAAAUAUUUUAGGUCUUUAUAGAGAAAGAGCUUGUGGUACUGGAUAUUUAAGCAAAUACUUUUAAAUUUACCCCUUAUAAAAAUUGUAUCAGCAUUUAUUGAAAUUUUA